UCGGAAGCAUCUCUGCUAAUGUGGAGGAAGCUUUGGGGGCCUAGUUUAGCAGGUUGGGGGGGCUGCCCUCCAAAGCACCCAGAGCAGUCGUCCCCUAAGGCCCACCAAAGCCAAGCCACCUGUUGAUGGCCCCCACUGGGCAGAGCCAGAGUCGCUGCCACCAUUCUUGUUUUAAAGGGGCCUAGUUGAGCAGGUCGGGAUUUCUUUUUUAAAAGAUGUGUGCUAGAAUUAGAAAAACCAGCAUUCAAGCUGAGAAGUGCCUGCCUUACGCCUGGACAGGAAAAGGUCCCCAGGUCUCAAGCACAGACCAUAACCACCUCCUCUCUGCCCACCUUGGCCUGGGGGCAGCAGGUGGAGCCACGGAAAAGCCACAAAGGGCGCCCCGCCCUCCAGCCUCUGGGAGCGCCCGAGUCCCUCCCCUGCCCAGUGCCUGUUUGUUGAUGGCUCCCAGGGAGAGGCUGAGCUGGUUGCCAAGGCGGUUGCCACAAACACCCAGGCAGAGCUUGGCAGAAAGGCUGAGCCGGCAGUCCUGACCCAGGCAGCCCUCCCAGCCUCCCAGUCCAAGACGUCGUCCCGGUGAGUGACGAUCCAUCCGCUCUGGGCACCCUCGUCUGGCAGCUUUCUAGCACCCCCUUUCCCUAUUAAACCCGACUGCCCUCCCAAAUGGAAAGGCCUGCACACAGAGGGCCGUGCAUCAGUUCAGGGCGUUGGGUGAUGAUCUGCCAGACAGGACAGGAGACCUGGGGUGUGGGAGGGGCCCAAAGCCUGAACCGCAAAUCCAGGUGACCCUAGUUCGAAUCUUGCUCCGCCUUGAAUGCACUACCUGUGAUGGAGCUCCACAAGUGUCUUCUCCAGGUUGUGUCUCCUGGCCUUGACUGGCAUUCCUGCACCAUCCACACAUCACGGCAGCCUGGAGGGCAAGGCUGUUGCCACACACGCUCAUGGCGCCGCAUGCUACAAGUCAGGUGCGGUUACGCUCCGACUGCUGUAUCCUGCAGCAGUCCCAGAAAGGGGUCUGCAGCCCUCCCAAGAUCCUUUGCAGCAUCUCCAAUGCUCAGAGAUUUCAGAGGCCGGUCCGGAGCAAUGACACUGCCUCAGCUGCCGAAGCGGGACAACCAGUGAGCACAGCGAGACCUUCCCUUUCACACGCUCGGGCCUGAGUUGCUGAGGCAAAACACCGUCCCUGCUGGGACUCUGCCCUACACAGCCUUUGGGCUUCAGCUGAGCUGCCCCCUGCCCCCCUUCUCAGGAAGGGCUGCAGAAUGCCCCAGCGCCUCCCGUUCAGCAGCCAUUUCUGGAAAGAUGGCGUCUGCUUCAGGGCCCGGCCCAGUCAGAGGCCAGUCUGGGAACCGACCAGCAGCAUCUCAAACUGAAAUCCAAAGGCUGCUGAAAGCUGGAAUAAAACUCUUCCACGACAAUGAAGAUCUCCAAGCUCUGGCCAUAUUCAAGAAGGCCUACCUGCUCUCGAGUCACCUUCGCGAGCCCCUUACACAGGCCAGGUGCCUCUUCAACCUGGGGGCUGCGUACAUCGCCACUGGCAAGCCCCAAAAAGGCCUCAAAUGCACCUGGAAGGCCAAGAAGAUGGGCGCUGCGGAGAAAGACGGCGACUUCUCCUUCAACAUUGCAGCAGCUUAUGACAAUAUGAGGCAGUAUGCAAAAGCAGCUGAGUUUUAUGGGAAGGCCGUUAGUGAAUAUGAGUCCAGCAAGGCCCCGAGUGCUGCAGAUGCCCUGGUAAAGCUUGCUUACUGUUUGGCAAGCACAGGAGAGUCUGCCUCGGCCGCACAGUCCUUCUGUCUUGCUGGCCGGGCCUACCAAGAGGCGCAGCAACUGGACAAUGCAGCCGUGGCCAUGCGGGAGGCAGCAAAUUAUUUCCUGAGAAGCCCAAGAUGCCGCCCAGAAGAUGUCCUGGAGGCCCUGCAAGAGUGCAGCCGGAUAUGCGCCAGGAUGACCAACCCGGAACUGCUCGGCAAACUCCACAACCACCUGGGGCUGCACUACGCUGAACUGAAGUGCUUUGGCCAAGCAGAGAAGCAUUUUGUCGAGGCCGUGAAGCUCUGCAGUGGGGGGAAUUUCACCCUCCGCAAGAAAGCCGUCCUGUUGCAGAACUUGGGAGCCAUCUACAACGCCCUGGAGGAGCCCCAACGGGCGCUCAAGUACCACGGCGAGGCGGCCGAUACCUACGGUCGCAGAACUGCAGUUUGCUUCAGUGUUGAUAUAUGCCCAGCCCGGCUGUGGAGAAGCCGAAAGAGCACCCCACAGUCAAAACUGCACACCACAAGUGCUUCUCAGGGUCCGGUGCCACUGAUAGGUGUGCUUGGCGAGAGAGCAGCCCAGGCCCAGUGCCUCUACAAUCUGGCCAGUGCGCACAGCCAGCAGGGGGACUAUCACACGGCUCAGUUCUAUCACCAGCAGGCGAUGAAGGCCUUUGUGGAAGGAGGUGACCUGUAUGGCGAGGCCCAGGGCUGCGAAGGACUGGGGGCCACCCAUCUCUGCCUGGGCCACCCGGCUCAAGCCGUCCACUAUUACAAACAAGCGCUGGCUCUGUUUGAAAAGUCAAAGGAAGCAUCUGAAGUCCCGCGAAAACGAAUUCUGGAGAAACUGGCUGAGUGUUGCAUUCCCCACAUCGCUGGUUUUGUCAACUCGAGAGCAGAUGUAAGACUGAGGAGAGACACAAGAACGUUGGAAGGGCAACCGCCUGAGGUGCCAGCAUGCCAGCUGAGGGGCCUGGCCAAGGAAUGUCCAGUUUUUGCCACUUGGGCCAAAGAGGGCAGGGGUUGGGAUGGUGGAGCAGAAGAGGUUAGACCACCUGAGGGGGUCGGGCAAAGAUCUGCGCCACACUAACUGGAGAAGUCCCAUUGCACCAGCUGGUGCGGGGGGGGGGAGCAGGUGACCCCCCCAGGCUUCUCCAAAGGCUCUCUGGUCCGGCUGGCCUGCAGAUUCUCCUCCUUGCUGGCUGAAGUGGGCAGAUCUUGGCCAGCUGGCCCCAAAUGGCCUCGGAACAAAAACAGGAAGCUGAGCAAGCCACAAUCCUCCCCGCAAAAUGCUGAAGGACAAGGCCUAGCACUCCACGCUUGAGCUUUGCUGUCACCUGUUGGGGGGGGGAGUCAGCAGAAGGCCAUUGUAUGCCCCCCCCCCAAGUCAGGAGACCGCAUCACCAGGACAAAUUAGUUAGGUGGGUAGCUAUGUUGGUUUGCAGUAGAAGAGCAGGAUUUGAGUUCUGGGCACCUGAGAAACCAGCAAGGUUUUCAGGGCACACGUUUUCGGGGGUCCGAGCUCCCUUCUCCAGACACAGGCGUCCCGGAAAAAAAUAACUUCCCCAGACAUAUUUAUUUCCUUGAAGCUGAACUCUCAUUUCCAAACAGAAAAAGUUAAUUGCUUGCCGGCUUCAGUUCAGCUGACUCUUUCACUUUCCAAGUGAGGAAGAUUGUGUUUAAGAGGAUUCGCAGCCUUAUUAAAUUAAUGUUUACA